UUCAUAGAAAAAAGAAAAAAAAAACAUUAAUAAAAAAAUAAAUCUGAGUACCUUGUAAAACUCUCUAAAAAGUCAUGACCGUCGUUCUUCGCGAUUUGCAAACUGUCCUUCGACACGAAUUGGGUGACGAAGUAAUAGUAGACAAUUAUUCAGUAAAUUCGCUGGUACCUCCAGGAGAAAAUUACAGCAGUACAAUUUUAUCAGUCAUGUGCUCAAUCAAGCAGAAUAAAAAUGGAGCAACAGAAACUCUACAUUUGGUGGCAAAAAUGACCCCAACUUCAAACCUCCAUCGACAGUUUUUCGAUAACUGUUUUAUUUUUAAAAAAGAAAUAUUUUUCUAUAAAGAGAUCAUCCCUUUGUAUAAAAAUCUUGAGAUGGAAUUCGGAGUUGAGGAAAAUUCGAUUUUUGAUAUUGGACCCAAAUUUUACGGGUCAAGGCUUUCUUCCAACCCCAAAGUGGAUUUUGAUGAUGAUGCUCUUAUUUUGUUGGAAAAUUUGAAAGUGCGAGGAUACUACACAGGCGAGAGAAAGUUGGGAUUGGACUUGGACCACUCGAGAGCGGCAAUUAGGGCCUUAGCUAAAUUUCACGCUCUGGGUGUGGCUCUUAAGUGCAAGAGACCUGAGCAAUUUGAAAUUUUAAAGCAUGAGUCUAAGCAUCAUAUAAUCAAGCCAGGGGCUUUCCAAGGAAUGAAAAACUCAUUAGAGAAUGCCCUUCUUACUGAUCCACUAAUUAGUCAAUAUUCUUCUAAAUGGGAGCCUAUCAUGAAAACAAAACCAGAUUUUUCCAGUAUACCUCCAGAACCUUGGACUACCAUUGUUCAUUCGGAUUUUUGGCUCAAUAAUGUGAUGUUUCAUAAAGACCAAAAUGGGAAAAUUGAUGAGAUUAAAUUCAUCGAUUUUCAAAACUACAUUUUCCAAAGUCCAAUUAAUGAUCUAAUUUUCUUCAUUUGCAGCAGUGUGGUUACUGAUUUGAUAUCUAAAAAUUUGGAGAGUCUUCUGGAUUUGUAUUACGAAACUUUUGUAGCAGUUUUGAAAAUAAUGAAUUGUGAUGUCUCUCAUUUUGGCAGAGAUAAAUUUGACGAAAAAGUUAAAAACGAUGCUAAAAAAGAAUUAAAGCACUGUGUUCUUUUUAUCAACAUUCAGACUAUCGAUGUUGAAAAGGAUGGAGUGGAUGCAACGGAUCUACAGUCUGUACUGGAACAUCAUAUUCCUAAUGAGAAUUUCUUUGAUAAGAUGAGACAAAUUAUAAUGUUGUUUGUGGAGAGAGGGUGGAUAUAAUUUUUUUUUUGUCAAUGGUUACUGGUUUGGAAAUUUAAAAACUUAAAAUUUAAUCAAAGUCAAAAAAUAAAAACAUAAUUAAAUCAAUAAAUAGAAGACAUCAUUAUUGAUGUAAAGUCCACUUUUUCAUUAUGAGCAAAAUGAUCCCGUAAAAUGAAGUAACUGGAUGUAUCAGGUGCUUAAUUAUUAUCUGCAUAUAAAAGAUUUUUAUGCAACCUAAUGAAUUUAUUAUCAGAACUACUGUUCAAUGAAAGUGUGUUUAAGUAUAAGAAAAUAUAUAAUAAUAGGAAUAAUUGAGGCUCCCGCAAACAAAACCGAACACGCUCGAAAUGCCUUGGUUUCAGUUGGCCUCUUGGUUAUUCUCGUU